AUGUUUUUCUAUGUCAAUUUUGAGACGAGAAAGAGAGAAAGAGCGAGACGAAACAGAGAGAGCAUCGAAAAAUUGUUCGUACACAUGGCAACCGCAGUGGCAAAAGUUGGAAAAUCAGUUCACCGCAUUUUUGUGGGCAAUCUUCCUUGGACGGUGGGUCAUCAAGAGUUGCGAGGCUAUUUCAAAGAAUUCGGGCGCGUAGUUAACGCCAACGUCAUAUUUGACAAGAAAACAGGCUGCUCCAAGGGCUACGGCUUUGUGAGCUUCAACAGUUUGCAAGCACUCGAAAAGAUUGAAAACGAACAGAAGCACAUAUUGGAGGGCAAUUAUUUGAACAUACAUAAGUCAUAAAUGCAAUACAAAUUGUCAAACCAAAUACACACAUCCACACAGAGACAUAUACACACACAUACAUAUAUUCACUGAAAACGAGAGUAAAACAGUUUUUAGAUUAGUUAA